UAGAACCACCACACACAUUCACCAAGAGCUCCAACUCAUCGAUAUGGCCAAGUUCCAAGUCUUGAUAGUUAUCGCCGCCUGCCUGUUGGCUGUCAGUGAGUGCCAGGUGCAGCGUCAGCGCUCGCAGCGUUUGAGCCGUGGUCGCUCCCGUUACUUUGCACGCCAGGAGCUAGCGCCAGCGGAUCCGGAUGCCGUCACGCCAUAUCCUUCAGCUGACGAACUGAAGCCAGAGGUGCCCUUCGAUGAGGCAGCUGCACCAGCCGCCGCUGAGCCCACACCCGACGCCGUCUACGGCCCGCCCGAUGCGGCUCCCGCGCCCAAUGCCGUUCCCGAUGAGGUGUACGGCCCACCCGAUGUCGCUGGCAAUGAUUUGCCUGUUGCUGAUGCCGCCGCCGAUGUGCCCGCCGAGCAGGCACGCCUAGUGGCUGCCAGACGUGCGGCCAAGCUCCGACGCGCCCAGCCUGUGGCCUACCGUCGCGUCGCCUCCGCCGCGGCACGCCCUGCCAAGCUAAGCGCUGCUCGCUCCGUGGUGAGACGCUCCUAGAUGCAAGCAAUCAUCUGCUUUCGAGCUGCCUGAAUCGGGCAGUCGCAUAUAGCCAGAUGCCUAAAAACCCAUGACGAUUCAACGAAGCUCCCUUAUGACGGCAUAUCAACUACUCACACUCACCCACACACACUCA